AUGAGAGAUCUUGAGAUUCGCAGGUAUUAUCGGGGGCAGGUUGAGGACUUUGCGCGUGCUUGUGCGGAGCUGUCGGGCCUUGAAGAUGAGAUUCGUACGCGCAUUGCCAUGUUGAGACCGCAUGUGCGUCGCCAAUUUCUGCGACUCUAUAGUGAGCAGGUGGACGAGGCUAUUGGGUUCCCGUGA